UUCAACAGUCGUCUGCACGGUUCUAACCAGAAGCAUUAGACUCAUUUGAGAGACCUUCUGUGUGCUGGACUUGACAGUUUUCUGCUGGAUUGCCUGCCUGCUUUUUUUUUUUUGAGUGUCAAGCGCACUUAAGAAAGUUUGUCCCAAGUUGAGUCUUUUCAACCAAUGGCUGCUGUGCGUCACAUGAUCAUGGAGUCGUCCGGCUUCCAUGUCCUUCCAGCCCACCUGAUGGCCUCUGCCAUGGAGGAGUUUCCCCAGCAGCUGCCCGUGCCCAAGUGCCCAUCCAGGGGCAAGAGCCGCGUCCGCCGACCCCGCGAGGCCCGCUUCAAGACCCAACCGGUCACAUUUGCCGAGAUCGCUGAGGUGGAGGAGGAGGGCUCCUCGCCACUGGAGGAGGAGCGGGCCCGUCGCUCCUUCUUGCAGUCCUUGGAGAACCUAAGGAGGAGCACUCAGACCCUCCACUGCUCAUCAGCUGCCCACCACCACUGCGCCCCGUCCCCCACACAGGCCAGCCUGGACUCCAGUGACUCCGACUCCACCCAGUGAGGGGGUCCGGUGACUUUCUUGAGGCAAACACCGACUAACAUAUGAACAUGCAGUACAUAGCUCGGACAUGCAUCAGUACUGCUGCGUAGACAUGAGAAGUGUCUUAGCAACACGCUUUCCUAAAUGUAUUCCUACUCUAGAGGCCAAUUUAAAAGUGGAUGUUGUUGCCUUUUAAAGGCAUUUUUGUAUGGAUCCAGAUCUUUGAUACAUGGAAUGCUGGUCGCCACUCCACUAAAGUUGUAAAUAGCACCGUGCAGUGGCCUGGCAGUCACUCAUGACAAAGCUCUGAGAAGAGUUCACGCUCUUGUUUUGUGACUUUAAAUGUCUGAAGAAAGAAUUCCUUUCUAAAAAAAUAUUUAUUCUUUUGCUUUGUAACUAAAUGGAAUGUAGAUUUUUAUCAUGCUCUUGACUCGUCGUCUCGGCUGUCACAGAAAUUGUAGCAUUUAUACUGUACUUCAUGUUAAAUUGUUCAACUUUAUAUUCAUUGCAAUGUUUGUCAUACGUAUGUGAAUAAAUAUUUUCAAAUAUU